GAGAGAGAAGAGGGAGGAGGGGAGGGAGGAGGAAGAGAGGGAGGGAGGGAGAGAGAAGCCUCCAGCUGCUCUCGCUAGAGAAAGGGAGUGACCGAAGGGGCCAGCCAGUGAAGGGACAGGAUGGCUUACACACCUCCGCCCACAGGACCCCACGACAGGGACAGGUUCUAGCUACAGCUUCUCCGAGGGGUAAUGGCGGGGGCUGGAGAGUCGCUCAAAAGCCCUGAACGCGGACUGCACCGCCUCUAAGGGACAUCCCAGAAGUUAGCAUCAGUGGCACUUGGAAGCUCCGAUCUCCACAACAUCCCAGGUAUGGCUGGUGACUCUAGGAAUGCUAUGAACCAGGACAUGGAGAUUGGAGUCACUCCCUGGGACCCCAAGAAGGUUCCCAAGCAAGCCCGCGAUUACGUCCCCAUUGCCACUGACCGCACGCGCCUUCUGGCCGAGGGCAAGAAGCCCCGCCAGCGCUACAUGGAGAAGAGUGGCAAGUGCAAUGUGCACCACGGCAACGUCCAGGAGACCUACCGCUACCUGAGUGACCUCUUCACCACCUUGGUGGACCUCAAGUGGCGCUUCAACCUGCUCGUCUUCACCAUGGUCUACACCAUCACCUGGCUGUUCUUCGGUUUUAUUUGGUGGCUCAUUGCUUAUAUCCGGGGUGACCUGGACCAUGUGGGUGACCAAGAGUGGAUUCCUUGUGUUGAAAACCUCAGCGGCUUUGUGUCUGCUUUCCUGUUCUCCAUUGAGACCGAAACCACCAUCGGCUACGGCUUCCGGGUCAUCACAGAGAAGUGUCCAGAGGGGAUCAUACUCCUCUUGGUCCAGGCCAUCCUGGGCUCCAUUGUCAACGCCUUCAUGGUGGGGUGCAUGUUUGUCAAGAUCAGCCAGCCAAAGAAGAGAGCGGAGACCCUCAUGUUUUCCAAUAACGCAGUCAUCUCCAUGCGGGACGAGAAGCUGUGCCUCAUGUUCCGGGUGGGCGACCUUCGCAACUCCCACAUCGUGGAGGCCUCCAUCCGCGCCAAGCUCAUCAAGUCCCGGCAGACCAAAGAAGGGGAGUUCAUUCCCCUGAACCAGACAGAUAUCAACGUGGGCUUCGACACGGGCGACGACCGUCUCUUCCUAGUGUCUCCGCUCAUCAUCUCCCACGAGAUCAACGAGAAGAGCCCCUUCUGGGAGAUGUCUCGGGCUCAGCUGGAGCAAGAGGAGUUCGAAGUCGUGGUCAUUCUAGAAGGGAUGGUGGAAGCAACAGGCAUGACUUGCCAAGCACGGAGCUCCUACAUGGAUACAGAGGUGCUCUGGGGCCACCGAUUUACGCCAGUCCUCACCUUGGAAAAGGGCUUCUAUGAGGUGGACUACAACACCUUCCACGACACCUAUGAAACCAACACACCCAGCUGCUGUGCCAAGGAGCUGGCAGAAAUGAAGCAGGAAGGCCGGCUCCUCCAGUACCUUCCUAGCCCGCCCCUGCUGGGAGGCUGUGCUGAGGCAGAGCCAGAUGCAGAGGAUGAGCAGGAUGGAGAGGAUGAGCCCCAGGGGCUGAGUGGGCCCCGGGAGACCAGGGGCUCAGUGUGAGGGCUACCCUCUCUUCAUGAUCCCUCCUCACUGGCUUCUAGGAGCACAGAUCCUGCAGAGUUGGAAAGUGGGAGGUAAUAGCUCAGUGUGCUGUGUGGGGCCCAGGAGCUGUCAAGGACGGGAGGAGACACAUAUCCAGCCCUCGUGCUCCCAGCUCAGGGCCCCUCUGAGCAGGUGGCAUCCUGUCUGGGCCCGCCAUGGCAGUGCCACCUCUGUCAGCACUGGCUAAGGGCCAGGCCAGGAUGGGUUUCC